CUCGGACUCGUGCGUUUCUCCCCUUCUCUCUCUCAUGGUCACCCUGCCUUUCCUGCCAUCUCUCUCUCUCUCUCCGUUUCUUCCUCACAAAAAAUAUCUUCCUUCGACACCGCAAACCCUAGUCAAGAGCCAGGGCAUGGAAUUCGUUGCGCUAAGAAGCGAAUAGAAUUGCUCCUCCAACGAAGGAAUGCGACGCGUAAAGAACAAUACAUUCGUGAUUUUGGAUAUUUGAAAAUUUCCUUGUAAUUUUGUUGUCAAGAAUGGACAACGCUGUGCAUAUUGCAUACGUUACUAUGACGUAAGGUCUGGUAAAUUGGAAUGGAAUCGAAAGAAGAUGGUGAUGGUACAGAGGAAUGGCCGACAUCACCGUACCAAGUUUUGCAGCAGAUAUCCGAGGAGGCAUUUAGAGCGGCUGGUGAAGCAAUACAGAGUGUGUACUUGGGCAGUAGUUUGAACAAUCAGCCACCGGGGCCGGAGCCGGGGCACAGGCGUUGUCAAAGUGAGAUUUUGACGGGGGCAGAACAUAGGCGUAGCAAUAGCUUUCAGAGAUGGAAGUCUCAGAUGCAGAGGGCAUUGCGGUGGGGUAACAAUCCCCGCGAACAGAGUCGGUGUUUGGCUUUCAAUCCUGAGGUUUUGGCUAACCAGAAACGUCAGUGGUAUCAGCUUCACUCCAAGGCGUCGGACCAGGAAAAGUACAAGGAGCCCACUUCGCUUUUUGAACACUUCAUCAUUGUGGGUAUUCAUCCAGAUGCGAAUCUGGAAAUUGUCGAGGAUGCAUUCGCCAAAAGAAAAAAAUGGGAGUUGGACAUGAAACAAUAUGAAAUGACAGAUCUCGAACAGCUGCAGCAUCGGGGGGCUUCAUUUUCCACAAUGGAACCUCAGAUACUUUUCAAGUAUCCUCCGGGGAAGAGGUUGGCUGUCCGUCCAAAGGAUUUAGCAGCAUUCUGCUUUCCUGGGGGUGUGAAGGCACGCUUAUUGGAGAGGACGCCAUCAUUGAGUGAUCUAAAUGAGGUUGUUUAUGGACAAGAACACCUAUGCAGAGAUGAUUUAUCAUUCAUAUUUUCGCUCAAGGUGGCAGACAAUGCAACCCUUUAUGGUGUUUGCUUGCUUGUACAAGAAAUUGUUCAGAGACCACCUGCUAUUUUAGGUCCUGCAUCGCCCAUUUCCCAAUUCUCCGGAGGACUUGCUCGUUUUUUGGUUUCUGCACCUCGCUGUUAUUGUGUUUUAACAAGAGUUCCUUUUUUUGAGUUGCAUUAUGAGAUGUUGAACAGUAUCGUUGCGCAGGAUCGUCUGAACCGUAUCACGCAGUUUGUCAGUGAAAUGUCUCUCACUGAUUGUUUCCCCUCAGCAACCAACUUACCUGACACAAUGAAUGACAGUGACUCACCACCAUUCAAGGAUUGUUGUACAGAUUGGACGGCUUCAGUGAUUCCGGUUGACAGUGCGGUAGCCCUAACUGCAGCUGCAGCAGGCAUUAUAUCUGAUGAUGACAUCCGAUCACCUUCAGGUAGGUCGGGAUCUCCGUCCCCUGAAGGUGGUAGCACCAGUGAGGCUUCAGAAAAUCAAUCUGAUGGUUUAGAACGAAUGAAUGGAAUUUGUGAUAAUGGCCAUACUCCCCCAGAGCUCGGGACGUUUGUAUGGCAACGGAGCCUGACAAUGGAGCGUCUAGAAAGUUUCGAUUCCGUAUUCAGUCCAGUGAGAAGCAUGGCAUCGGAGGAUGAGGAGGAUGAGAUAUUUUUGAGCCCUGAAAAACAGGCUGGGGAUGAAAUGAUAAUGGAAUGGGCUAGGGAGAAUAAAAAUGACAUAAUACAAAUAGUUUGUGGUUAUCAUGCUAUGCCUCUUCCCAUCCGAGGGAGUGAAAUAGUAUUCCAGCCUCUUGAGCAUCUACAGGGUAUUGAGUAUAGGAGGCCACCAGUUACUGCCCUUGGUUUAAGUGAAAGAUAUCUAGAUCAGAAGUUUCAGCAUUCACUAGAAGGAGCUGAGGUUAAUCUAAAGUUAGCUGCUGGUGAGGAAGCUCUGGCACUAUCAAUAUGGACCAUUGCGACAAUUUGUCGAGUUCUCUCACUUGAAAGCGUUCUGGCACUCGUCGCUGGGGUAUUACUGGAAAAACAAGUUGUUGUAGUGUGUCAAAAUCUGGGUGUUCUAUCAGCUAUAGUCUUGUCUAUUAUUCCUAUGAUCCGUCCAUUUGAAUGGCAGAGUUUAUUCCUCCCAGUUUUGCCAGGGAAGAUGCUUGAUUUUCUUGACGCUCCUGUUCCUUUCAUCGUUGGUGUACAGCAUAAACCAGCUGAUUGGAAGAUGAGAACUUCUAAUCUUGUUCUUAUUAAUGCAGUAAAAGACCAGGUAAAAACGUGUUACGUACCUGUACUUCCUCGGCACAAAGAGCUUAUCGCUGAACUGCGACCAAUCCACACCAAACUGUCCUGUCAAAAGGAAAUCGCUAGAAGGCAUCCUGUAUUUAAAUGCAACGAAGUGCAGGCUGAAGCUGCUGCACAUUUCUUAACAGUCAUGAGGCGCUACUUGGAAUCGCUUUGUACAGAUUUGAGGUCUCAUACAAUCACCAGUGUACAAUCAAAUGACAGGGUUUCCUUACUCCUUAAAGAUAGCUUUGUUGAUUCCUUUCCUAGUAAAGACCAGCCAUUUAUUAAGUUAUUCGUGGAUACACAACUGUUCACAGUUUUGUCAGACUCUCGUCUAUCAAGCUACGAGAAUGAGUACUAACUUAAGUGGGCUGCAAGUUCUAGCCAUAUGAAGGAAUAGAUUUGGCCCCAGUAACGGAGAGUGCAUAAAUGGCCAUCACCAUUCCAGUUGGUAAAACAGAGCCUAUUCAACCGAUUUUGCAGAUCUCAAUGCUCUUGCAGCAAUUAAUACCGGAUCAAAAUGCAGCUCAGAGAAGUAGAAAAGAUGAAAUUUUGCAGUCUAUUGAUAAAUAUGAUAUGUUCAAACAUCUCACACCACUGAUCUCUGUUGUAUUAUUACACCCCAUUACAUAUCAUCAUCCCAAUCUUUUAGUGGGAUUGAUGUCACCCAUAAAGGAUCCUUCAGCAUUGUGAAUCACACAAUGAACCAUUGUGACAAGAAAUCCUCACCAUUGUAGAUGUAAGAACGUGGCUGAUUAAUGUACUCUCUCUCUCUCUCUCUCUCUCUCUCUCUCUCUCUCUCUCUCUUAUCAGCAAAGAAAGGAUUUCCAUACCAUUAAAAAUGCUACUUGAUUGAUGUACUUGUUACCGUUAGUAAUUGACAUUCAAAUUGGGCUAUGUUAUAUGCCACUUCAUUCAUGAAGUGGCAUAUAUAUCACGAUUCACCAACAAUUUUAAGCAAUUUGUGCAAACAUUGAAUA